UUGUAAGACUGUUAUUUUGAACCGUUUCAAAAAGCUUUGGAGCCCAUGAAGACCACGAAGACCACUGGAAGAUUGGUCAGUACCCGUGUAAGACAUCAAAGACCAUUGUAGGUUCAUUGAGAGACCUCUGAAAGAUCAACCAUAAUUCAUGGUAUUUCAAAUGUCUUUCAGCGGUCUUGUUCUCUGUGGAAUGGGGGUUUAAAAAAAAGAAUUUCCUUUAUGGACAAUAAAGUUAUUCAAUUCAAUUCAACAACUUUAUGAAAAAUGGCCCCGAUAUCAUUAUGAUGCGAUGAACGUAUCCGCUAUCGAUAUAAACAAACGGCUACGUCACAAUGAAAGAGCAGCCCCAAACGUGGGUCAAUUAACCACGCGCAUGAGUAGAUGCGCAUGCUAGUAUUUAUACGUCAUCGAUAUCGACGUGACGUAGCCGAUGAUGAUGUCAUACGUACCACUACUACUAGCUAGCAGCACAAAAUACAACAUUAAAAAUGGGAAUUAACCCCAGCUUUCCUAUUCCAAUUCCAAAGACCCACAUCAGCUUUGAUCCUGAGUUUUCUUAUAGUUCAAGCGGACAUAAGAAGAAGGAUUCAAAUAUAGAAUACGACAAGACAGGUUUCGAGUCGGCAACGGAAAAGAAUUUCCAGGUGUUUGUGGAGCAACGCAAGAAAGCAAGAGAAGCAAAACUAAAAUUUGACGAUCUGGAUGGACUACGUAAGAAAUUUCCCCAAUAUACGGUCGGGCAGAUACAGGACUUCAAAUAUCAAUUCAUGUCAUUUGACCUAAAUCAAGAUGGACUUAUUGACUAUCCAGAAUUGCAACAUGCUCUCGAUGAGCUUGGCGAUACCUCGUCCGAUCAGAAACGGCGCCGGGCUUUCGAGCAAAUUGACGUGGACCAUUCAGACAGUAUAGAUUUUGAGGAAUUUGUGGAGCUGUUGACAAAGGUUGUCGCCCAAGAUGGCUCCCUCUCUGAAGCAAUCGGGAAAAUGUGUAAACGGGGCACCGAAAAGACUAGUAUUAUCAGGACAAUGCCUGUCGAAAGACAACUAGAAUUAGGACUGUUUUGAUGAUCAAGUUUAGGAUGCUUGUAUUUAUUCACCAGAGACAUCCUAUAUAUCCAUACAGUAUUAUGUAAUAUAUAUUGGAUGGUGCGUAUAACUUAUUAUCACCCAAUUCAAAUGUCCUUUCAAUUCACCCAAUUGAAUUAUCAAAAAUAUAUUUACUAUUGAAUCUCAUAACAUGUGAUAUGUAUAUUUGCUUGAAAGCAAGUUCAACAAAAUUAAUAGGCUCAAAUCGAUUCUUUGAAAUCGUUGGAAUACUCAAUGUUGUGUAAAUAAUAUGACAAAAAUAUAAAUACUUUCUUACUGUUGAUGUUAUUGCUGUUACCUCA